GAGGUAACAGAACUGACUGUCUCCUAUAUGGAUAUAAACAGAGUGGAGGUAACAGAACUGACUGUCUCCUAUAUGGAUAUAAACAGAGUGGAGGUAACAGAACUGACUGUCUCCUAUAUGGAUAUAAACAGAGUGGAGGUAACAGAACUGACUGUCUCCAAUAUGGAUAUAAACAGAGUGGAGGUAACAGAACUGACUGUCUCCUAUAUGGAUAUAAACAGAGUGGAGGUAACAGAACUGACUGUCUCCUAUAUGGAUAUAAACAGAGUGGAGGUAACAGAACUGACUGUCUCCAAUAUGGAUAUAAACAGAGUGGAGGUAACAGAACUGACUGUCUCCUAUAUGGAUAUAAACAGAGUGGAGGUAACAGAACUGACCGUCUCCUAUAUGGAUAUAAACAGAGUGGAGGUAACAGAACUGACUGUCUCCUAUAUGGAUAUAAACAGAGUGGAGGUAACAGAACUGACUGUCUCCAAUAUGGAUAUAAACAGAGUGGAGGUAACAGAACUGACUGUCUCCUAUAUGGAUAUAAACAGAGUGGAGGUAACAGAACUGACUGUCUCCUAUAUGGAUAUAAACAGAGUGGAGGUAACAGAACUGACUGUCUCCAAUAUGGAUAUAAACAGAGUGGAGGUAACAGAACUGACUGUCUCCUAUAUGGAUAUAAACAGAGUGGAGGUAACAGAACUGACCGUCUCCUAUAUGGAUAUAAACAGAGUGGAGGUAACAGAACUGACUGUCUCCUAUAUGGAUAUAAACAGAGUGGAGGUAACAGAACUGACUGUCUCCUAUAUGGAUAUAAACAGAGUGGAGGUAACAGAACUGACCGUCUCCUAUAUGGAUAUAAACAGAGUGGAGGUAACAGAACUGACUGUCUCCUAUAUGGAUAUAAACAGAGUGGAGGUAACAGAACUGACUGUCUCCUAUAUGGAUAUAAACAGAGUGGAGGUAACAGAACUGACCGUCUCCUAUAUGGAUAUAAACAGAGUGGAGGUAACAGAACUGACUGUCUCCUAUAUGGAUAUAAACAGAGUGGAGGUAACAGAACUGACCGUCUCCUAUAUGGAUAUAAACAGAGUGGAGGUAACAGAACUGACUGUCUCCUAUAUGGAUAUAAACAGAGUGGAGGUAACAGAACUGACCGUCUCCUAUAUGGAUAUAAACAGAGUGGAGGUAACAGAACUGACUGUCUCCUAUAUGGAUAUAAACAGAGUGGAGGUAACAGAACUGACCGUCUCCUAUAUGGAUAUAAACAGAGUGGAGGUAACAGAACUGACUGUCUCCUAUAUGGAUAUAAACAGAGUGGAGGUAACAGAACUGACUGUCUCCUAUAUGGAUAUAAACAGAGUGGAGGUAACAGAACUGACCGUCUCCUAUAUGGAUAUAAACAGAGUGGAGGUAACAGAACUGACCGUCUCCUAUAUGGAUAUAAACAGAGUGGAGGUAACAGAACUGACUGUCUCCUAUAUGGAUAUAAACAGAGUGGAGGUAACAGAACUGACCGUCUCCAAUAUGGAUAUAAACAGAGUGGAGGUAACAGAACUGACUGUCUCCUAUAUGGAUAUAAACAGAGUGGAGGUAACAGAGAACUCAAAGCCAAUCAGUGAAAGCAGAAAUCAACAGGAAAUGGAGAGGGAAUGAAACAACCACAUACUCAUCCUUUCUCUCCUUUCUCUCAUCCUUUCUCUCCUUGUCCUCUUCUUCCUCU